AUGGACGAUCCUCGACUGUUAGACCAGCCAAGUGUAGAAAAUAGUAGUACUACUGAAGGCAUAUGCUCAAGUUUUGAACAGGACAGGGACCGAGAACAUCUUAUCCAUGGAAGUGAGUUACUUGAGAGACUCGACACAGAGGACCUAACGAGACUAAGAGAGUUCUUCUACGAGAAAAAGACAACGGAGAAAGUAAAACAACCUAAAGGAAGUGCUCCUCCACACUUCAGAUGGUGUAAACUCACCAAAGAAGAAUUUGUGUUUGCUGUAGAGAGUGUUUUGGAGACUUCAGCGUAUGAGAUCGCGGCCCGCAGAUUGUUUGAUCACAUGGUGGAAAGCAACGCAGACGGCAGCCGAGACUGUCUGUGGUGGGAACAGCUGUUGGAUGCCGUAGUUGAGUGGACAGUCAGUCAGGCAAGACCUCGGCCUAGCAACAUCAUCAAACAGCCCUUCUGUCAGCUAUUCACACUGCCUCACUGCAGGAGAGAAAUGAUCGUGCGAGUGGUACCAGUAGAGACACAAACUUCUUUCUGUUAUGUUGUGGUAUCAAAGUACGCUAGAGUUGGCCUUUACGACUGGAGCUUAGGACUGCUGGAGCAAUAUCAGGCAAAGCUGGGCUCUCAGAGUGAAGAAAAAAGACGCCAAAACAACACCUGGGUGACGGAUGCUUGCUAUCUUGCUGAUGCAGCCAUGCUUUUGAUAGCUGUGAGUGAUCGUAGUCUCCACCUGUACUCAGCAACUGGGCUGGUCCAUGUGCCUACGUACCACAUCUCCGGUCUACCCAACACUCCUACGUGUCUCAACUACACCAUUGGUGCCACUACAGAAGACCCAUCUCUUCUAUUGGUUGGAGAUGACCACGGGUCUAUCGCUACACUCACAUUCCUACAACCGCAGUACGCCCUCUUCAAGCGGACCAGUACUGAUCGUAUGGACACCUACUUCUGGAAGGAGCUAGAGUCCCAAAGGGACUGGGUGACCAUUCAAACAGAAUACGGGGUUCACAAAAACGAAGUGACUAAAGUGGAGUACUUCAGUGACAACAAUACCGUGAUCAGCUGUAGCAACGACCCUGAGACUACAGUGAUCAUACGUCACAUGGUCGGCCGACGCAAGCCAUACAUCUUCAAAAUGAGGCGGGGUGUGAGAUGUUUCCACCUAGACCGCUCCCUGAAGCUGCUAGUGACAGGAGGCCAAGAUGGGAUCCUGAGACUCUGGAACCCAGUGAUCACUUACAGACCAACAGUGACUCUAUUCGGACACAAGUCUUGCAUUGUCGACGUCCGGGCACUCAAACACCUCAGGGUUAUCCUUAGCAUGUCCAAAGAUGCUGUAUUGAAGGUAUGGGACAUUGAAGAGCAAAGUUGUCUUCAAUCCCUCUCAACUUUGUUUCCUGUGUUUGGUCUGCUGUCCAGAACUCCUCACUUUGGAGUUCAGGUGUUCUACCCAGGACCAGUGUGUCAUGACCCACCUACUACUAGUGUGAGGGACAAGCCCACCUUGCAGACUAAACUGCAGACGACGCAUCCAGCCAGUCUACUGUCUACAUCCUCCACUACACGGCAGGACCGAGCUAGUGUGUACAGGAACGAGGGUGAGUGGAACCGCAUGGAGAUUCUUGCUGUAUGUUGUGACUACAUCAUGAUUCUGCAACUGAGCCAGAGAGAGCUGUCGGAAGGGGAGGGGAGAGUGGGAGAAGCCUUGCCACCUCCACUGAGAGAACAAGAGCCGGCCGUCCCCUCUCCGUGGCUCACUGUUGAUUCAGUUCAGAUGUCAACGCUAAACGUAGAUCAUCCGUCUCAGUAA